CUGGUUUGCAGAUACAUACCCAGUGGACGACCCAAAGAGCUCCUUUGAGGGAAGCUUCGCAGAAAUGUCAGAGAGCUUUAUCCAAAUAGGAAUCACCGAAUUGCCAAUGUCCAGAGGUCUUAUACCCGACUCCCAUUUAUGAAGGCACACGAGAUUAUCCCUAUGAUGCCACGGUCUAGCCUAGAAAACCCACUGGAAAUUUUCAUAAUCAUGAAAUUUCAACAAUACUAGUGGAUUACCAAGCCACGAAACCUUCACCUUGCCUUCAUUUCCCCAUAUCCAGUUGGCCCAAAAUCUAAUCGAAGAAAUCAGCGUUGGACGCUCUAAAUUUUUUCCAACCAGGCUGUUUACCCAUACCUUUGCACCGUCAUCGAUAACUUCUUGCGGUAUCGUAAGAGAGUCAAUGACAAACACUGGUUCGUAAUAAUCCAACCUAUUGUCUGGAGUAAUUCCAAAGAGAGAAGCCCAAGAUUGACCGUCAUCGACAACAAUACCAUCUACGACAGGAGCCAUCGUGAAGAAAACUUCGCGAUGAAGAACACGUUUAGAGAAAAGGAAAAAAAAUGAGAGAGAGGGAAUAGAGCAUCAAAGAUAAUAACUUUCAAUCUGACCCAAACUAUUUUUUAUUAAUGUUGACCGACGUUGACCAUUAGUAGAUCAUAGAAAAUGUAGUCAGCUUCUAUCUGGUUUGGGCCAGAUUUGUCAUAUUGAAUAGUUUAGGCCACAAAUGACACUUUUUAAAUAGUUUGGGCUUCCUAGUGGAAUUAGCCCUUUAAUAAUUAAAAAAAUCAAAAGGUUGUUAUAUUGUUUUAUGGCCAAAAAUCGAUCAUGUCACACAUACCUAUGACAUUUCAUCCAAUUUUGUAACUAAUAUCGGUUAGGGGUUGCAUCGGUUUGUUUCUGUCAAAACCAAACUAAAUAGAAGCAUAUCGGGUCCUUCAAAUAGGCCAAAGAUGCAACCGAAUUCGAACCGAAAUAUAUUUUAGAUCGGUUUGUCCAAAUAUAAAUAUAUCCCGGUUCGUUUUGGGAUCUUGAGCAACCCAAACUUCUAGAGGAAUCUUCCUUCACCUGCUUCCCCACUUCCUCACUUCCCUUCAAUCUUCUGUUCUCUUCUUUCACCCCUCUCUCUGAUGCUCUGCGCUCUCUCCCUCCCCAACAAACUCUCUCCGAAACAAAAGCGUAUCCCAAACAAUUCAAUUUCCAGAGGAAUGAGAGAAAAAGGAGAGGUAGAGAUCUCAAAGGUGCGAUUUUCAGAGGGAGUACGAAGGAAGAAUGGUAUAUCUAUUAUGCGGAAGGGGCAGAGAAUCAAAAUCACCAAGGCCAGAGCGAUUCGACCUCUGAUUACUCUGUUCGCGUACUCCGACCUCGAGUACGGCGUCACCACGAUCCCGCUAUUGGUGAGUGUACUGGGGAGAGGCGGGGCUCGGUGCAGACUGCGACGAGGAGGCAGGGGUGGGUGCAGGCGGCGAUGACAGUGGUGACAUUGAUUGUCGGAGAGCCAAGAUGCAGGCGACUGUUGUAAGGGUGUGCUGCUAGUGGCGAUUUUCCUUUGUGUCUCUUUCUUCUCGCCACGGGAUGUUGUUGAGAAUGGGAUAGCAGAGGGGAUAGAGGGUGCGCUUCGGGUUGAGGAGGUGAUAGGCUUCGGGAGAUGGAUGUGUUGUAGAGAGUGAGCUUCGAGAGUGGUUUGGGCUCGAAGAGGGAGAGUAGGUUCGGGUUAGUUCUGGUUUCAAAAUGCGGGUUCGGGCGGGAUUACCAUGGAUUCCAAAAUAUCAAUGCCUAUGUUUGGCUCGGCUUUUAGAAGUGGUUUUCGGCUUCAAAAGUUGAAGCAGGGCCAAACACCUUUAAAAGUUUGGCUUUUGAAAAGCUGAAAAGCGCUAUUGUAUAACAUAAAAGCAGAAGCUCCGAUUUGGAGCUUCUACAAAAAGUUGUUUUGAAAAUACAAGAUUAUUUCAGAA